AUGUACUUAAUUAUAGUCCUUUGUGGCUGUCUUGCUAUACUUACAAUACUAAGUUUUGUGUCAAAGCACAUAGCACUGUUGCGUUCAUCUGUAUUGGCGUAUGGAAAGCUGGAUUACACAGCCGAUCAACCAUUGACUGCGAUGGCGCGCUGGAUCAAGAAUAUAACUGUACCAAAAACAUGGUUUUGUCACUUUUAUGCAGUAGGACUGAUGGCCGCAAUAGAAUGCAUCAUCGAAAUCACCCUAGCUUUACAAUGGAAGGUAUUUGGCCCAGUACUGACUGUCUUGCGCUUGUGGGACACACCUCAGGGCAGUCGACAUCUUGGCCUUGGAGAAUGUUUGGUUGGUCUAGGGUUGAUGACAAUUCAUCUGGCCAGACGCCUAUAUGAAUCGAUGAUGAUUGAACGCCCAUCUGCCAAUGCACGCAUGCAUUUUAGCCAUUAUUUGGCUGGGAUGGGAUUCUAUGGAGCUAUGGUUAUUGGUGCCUGGCUAGAAGGAGCAGCUAAUUUUGGUAUCUGGCAGCCAAUAAAAGUUGAACCUUUUACACUUCCUUGGACAACCAUUCCUUCAAUUGGAUUGUUUAUCUAUGCGUCCUAUCACCAACACACUUGCCACAAGAUUCUUGCUUCUCUUCGUACUCCAAAGACCAGAAACGCUUACGUGAUCCCUCGUGGAGAUUGGUUUGAGAAUCUGGUUGUCCCUCACUAUUUUGCUGACAUUCUCGUGUAUGUUUCGCUGUGGAUUCUCUAUCAAGGACGUAAUUGGACUUUGACAUUUGGAUUGGUGUGGACAAUUGUCAACCUUGGUGUUACUGCUGGAGAGACUGACCAGUGGUACCGAAAGACGUUUGGCAAAAGAUAUAAUGAUGCUUUCCCUCGAUCUCGUUCACUUUUGUUACCCCACAUAUACUAG